CAAGGCCUCCAAAAUAUUUACCACGGCCUUGGUUCAGAUAGAGUUACGAGAUUGACAAAGUGACUUAGUGUGUGACAUUGUACAGAUUGUGGACGUGAUUUUGCAAAUGUGUUGUGGCUCCAAUUUGUUUAUGAUGGAAUAAGGUCCUUAUGUAUGCAAGUAGAAGGACUCUCAUGUUUACUAAGUUGUUAGGUUUAUGGUGGAUUGGUUUGCGAAUAUCUUUUUGGAAGGGAGUUAGUUUGGAAACUUUGUCAUAUCAUGAUCCUCAAUCUAUGUACCUAUAUUAUAUUUCUGAUGUACCUAAAUUUUUCACGCUUCUCGCCAUAGGUGCAUUUAACCUGAUCCUUGCCCUCCAUCUCUCUCUCUCUCUCUCUAUAUAUAUAUUAUAUAUAUAUAUAUACACUACAAAAACAAAGAGCAACCAGGGCGAUAUUAUUUGAGCAAAGAGGGCGAAUUUGUAGUCGCCUUUAAAUGAACAAGCAAUUAGGGCGAGUUCUUGUCGCUGUCUCAUAUAUGAACAAAUAGGGCGACUUGUUUGAGGUUGCCCUUCUUGGUAAUAAUACAAGGGCAAGUUUUAAAAGUCGCCCUGGUUGAUCAAAUAACUAUACGAAAAUAGUAAAACAUGAGAGUUCAACUCGUUCAGCUAUACGAAAAUAAGAAAACAUAAAAAAGAAACUUCAAGAGUUUUCCCCAAAUUCCUUCCAGCCUUCCAGGAGCCAGUGUUCUUCAUUUUCCCUAAAAUCCCAAAUUCGUUUUCCCUAAAAAAUAAAUCAAUAAAUGCUAAGAUAUUUCGUAGCUUCUGAUUCUCUCCCUAAUUUCUUCAUAGAUUAUCCUAAUUUAGUCGAAAGUAAUUGAAUUUCUCAACUUGUUUAAGCUUAGUUCGUAACCUCGGGGGUUUUGUUCGAACUUGUGAUCUUCUGCUGAGAACGAUUGUUGCUGAGAUUUGUUCGAGAGGAGACCGAUUUCUGCUUACUGAUAGCAUGGAUAAUGAUAGGAGUUGGAUGCAUAUUCAAGGGUUGAGCAAUCGGCUACAACCAACUUACCGAAAUGGUGUUAAAAGUUUUCUCGAAUUUGCUUUCAAGGACACAAUCCUUAAUACUGGGGCUAAGAAAAGGUGUCCUUGUUUGAAGUGUCGAAAUUAUAUCGACCAUGAUAGAGAGACAAUGUGUGCCCAUCUUUUCCGAGUAGGAAUAGAGCCUGACUACAAUCCUUGGAUAUUCCAUGGAGAAGAACAAUCCCUAGACAUGGGAAACAUGGAAAUGUCCGAGGAGGAAGGCGAUUGGUUUGAUGAUGAAGAUCCUCUCGUAUCAGAGGAGAUGGCAGCUUUGGUGCAUGAUGCCACAAAUGUAGUGCCCGAGAAUUUGAAUGAGGAAGAAGAAGAGGAUCGUGCUGAGAUUCCUGAUAAAUUUCAUAGGUUGAUGAAAGAUGCAGAAGAAGAAUUAUUCUCGGGUUGUACAACCUUUUCAAGGUUGGAGUUCAUCGUAACUCUCUUACAUAUUAAGGUUAGUGGACAUUGGCCUGAGAAGUCAUUUAGUCUGCUCCUUAAUGAAUUACAAAAGGCCUUCAAUUAUGAUCCAAAAUUUCCAAAGAGCUCCCGUGAAGCCCAGAAGUACACAAAAGAUCUUGGGUUGAAUUAUGUGAAGAUCCAUGCUUGUGUGAAUCAUUGCAUUCUUUAUAGAAAGGAGUAUGAAAAUGCCGAUUCAUGCCCUACUUGUGAGGAGUCCAGAUGGAAAGAAGGUAGUGGUGAAUUUGAUGAUAGUGUCACAUUUUCGGAAUCUCAAGGGACCUCACAACGGAUUCCUAGAAUACCUCGUCUAGUUCUUCGUCAUUUUCCUUUAGUCCCUAGGCUUCAAAGGCUUUUUAUGUCUUCAAAAAUUGCUAAGCACAUGAGAUGGCAUAAGGAUAGGAAGCGAGUUGAUAAGGACGUAUUAAGGCAUCCAUCUGAUUCAAAGGCAUGGGAGAAGCUCGAUGAUUCAUUUCCUGAUUUUGCAGCAGAUCCACGUAAUGUGAGAUUAGGUCUUUCAACUGAUGGUUUCAAUCCUGGUGCACAUUUAGGCACUAAGUACAGUAUAUGGCCAGUCUUUUUAGUGCCAUAUAAUCUCCCACCAUGGAUGUGUAUGACAAGUCCUUACAUCAUGCUAUCACUCUUAAUUCCUGGUCCAAAGUCCCCCGGAAAUGAUAUAGAUGUGUUCUUGGAGCCGUUGAUCGAUGAACUUCAAGAGUUAUGGGAAGUUGGGGUGAAAACUUAUGAUUCACAUAGUCGCCAAAAUUUUAAUAUGAAGGCAGCGCUAUUGUGGACAAUGAGUGAUUUUCCUGCUUACGGGAAUCUGUCUGGUUGGAGUACUUGUGGUAAACUUGCUUGCCCAACAUGUCAUAAGCAUACUUGGCACAAGCGGUUAAAGCAUGGAUCGAAAGAAUGCUUUAAAGGUACUCGUAUGUUCUUGGAACCCGAUCAUAGGUGGAGAAAUGACAAGAAAUCUUUUGAUGGGGAAAAGGAGAGACGACCACCUCCUAUUCCUUUGUCAGGGGAUGAGAUAUUAGAGGCAUUUGAUGGUGUCCCCAAUGUGAUUUUUGGGAAGAAGCGAAAGAGAACCGAUCGAUACUUGUUUGACCAAUGGAAGAAGUUGAGCAUCUUCUUUAGACUUCCUUAUUGGAGUAAGCUUUUGAUAAGACACAACUUAGAUGUCAUGCAUAUUGAAAAGAACAUUUGUGACAGUAUAUUAGGAACAAUACUUGAUAUUCCUAACAAGACAAAAGACACCUUGAAAGCUCGAAAGGAUUUGAAGGAGAUGAAUGUGCAUCAUAAUUUAAUUCCUAUUAAGAUAGGUGAUAAAUAUGCCAUCCCUAGAGCACCAUAUCAGUUGACAUCUAUAGAGAGGCGUAAAGUAUUGGAGUUCUUGUCCAAGGUUAAAGUGCCAGAUGGUUACUCUUCUAACAUAGCUCGAUGUGCAAGUAUGGAAGAUGGAAAAAUCUCAAACAUGAAAAGUCAUGAUUGUCAUGUGUUCUUGCAAGAUUUGCUUAAACCGGCAUUUCAAGGUAUCUUACCUAAGGAGGUGCUAGAACCUUUGGUUGAGCUUAGCUUAUUUUUUAAGCAAUUGUGUUCUAAAAAUCUAAAAAUUGAUGUGUUGGAGAAGAUGGAAAAGAGUAUUGCAAUUACUCUUUGCAAGCUUGAAAAGGUAUUUGUUCCGGCUUUCUUUGAUAUUAUGGUCCACCUUCCAAUCCACUUGGCCAAUGAGGCCAAGAUAGCUGGCCCAGUGCAGUAUCGUUGGCAAUAUCGGUUUGAAAGGGAAAUGCACACAAUGAAACCUACUGUGAGUAACAAAGCACAACCAGAAGGCUCGAUAGCUAAUGCACGCAUAAUGGAAGAAUGUCUUUCCUUUAUAUCUAGAUAUCUAAAUGGGAUUGAGACCAAGUUCAAUCGCAUGAGUAGAAAUGACAUGGAUAGGCAAGAAUCUCUGUUGUUUAAGUUAUCAGUUUUCCAAAAGAAGGGGAAUCCACUAGGCAAAAGAACAUUUAAGCAAUUGAGCUUUUUGGAUUGGAAGCAAGCUCAAUUGUAUGUUCUGAUGAAUUGUCAAGAAGUACAACCAUUUAUAGGAGAGUACACCACUAUACAUGGGCCAAAACCAAGUCUAGUUGAUUGGUUUCGAUCUCAGAUUUGGAAGCUUUACACGGAGGGGGAUCCAAGAGUAACAACUGAGUUACUAUCAUUGUCACGAGGCCCGAGUAAGAGUGUGAAAAGCUAUCAAGGAUACUAUGUAAAUGGGUAUCGCUUUCACACUAAGAAGCGUCAAAGAAGGCGAAAGACGCAAAAUAGUGGAGUAAUUGUUAAAGGAGAUGCAGAGAGUGGAGAAAAGGACUUCUUCGGGGUUUUGAAAGAAGUCAUAGAACUUGAAUAUGAUGCACCAAAUAGUGGGGAUACAGAACCUAUUGUGGUGUUAUUUCGAUGUGUUUGGUUUGAUGUUUAUCGGCGAGGGAUAAAAAGAGAUAAGUUUGGCGGCGUAAGUCUCAAUUUCAAAAAGUUCUUAGGGACCAAUGAGCCAUUUGCUAUGGCAUCUCAAGUAGGGAAAGUUUAUUAUGUUAGGGCACAUAAUGAGCCAGAUUGGAGAAUUGUUAUUAAGACUGUCCCUCGUAAUUUCUACAAUUUCCCUAUUGUUGAGGUAGAUGGCUCCGAUGAUGAUCAUGACGACGUUGGAUUGGACUUUGAAGUACCAAAUUCAGUGGAAGGUGAUGGAGAUGAUGGAGAUGAUGAUGAUGAUGAUGAUGUUCUCUUACCAAGAAAUGAUGUUCCUCCAGAGUUGGUGAAUGCAAGUGAUUUUGAGUUGGAAAAUGAGGUUGUGAAUGAAGAGGAAGAAGAAGAAGAAGAUAGUGAGCAAGAUGAGCAACGUGAGCUAGACGAUGAAGAAGAAGAAGAAGAAGAAGAAGAAAUCCCUGGGGGCUUGUAUGACUUGGACAGUGAAUAACUCAUCGGCUUGCUGCUAAGGAGCUUUUUUGUUUCUCAUUUAUGCUACUAGUUAUAUGUAUUCAGGACCUAAUUUGAAUUGGUUAAUCUUUAAUGGAACUUAAUAUUUCUUAUUGUUUGUCCAUUACAUAAAUUCCUAAUUUAUAAGUCUUGUUCCUAAUUUCAAUCUGUUUGCAUCUUGUUUUGACCUUAAUAUCUGCCCCUCCUUUACUUUCUGGUUUAGUUGUUUGCAUCUGGUUUUGACCUUAAUAUUACAUAAAUUUCUAAUUUAUAGGUCUUGUUCCGUUGUUUUCAGGAGUUGAUUUGAUGGCUUCUAGCUCAAGAAAUUUGCCCGAAGGUGA